AUGACUAAAGGCAUCUCCUAUUCUACUCCCUCUCCUUCCCGUCCCAGUUCUCGCAGUCUCGGAAAAAAACGAGCGCGUGCUGAAGACGAUGAGCUCUGUUCUUCACCCAAGGAUCGUCCUAGAAACUCCAAGAAAUCCAAAUCAUGCGGUUCAGGAAACACAACAUACCGUGCGGAAGAUGCUCUGACCGUGGACGAACACUAUUCGGACAACGGAGGUGAUAUUUACCUCAGAUUGCCCGAUGGAACCCAUUUCAUGUGUCACCUGGAGAAGUUGAAGGCAGCAGGAGGGUUGUUCGAAGAUCUUUUCUCUCUUCCCCAACCUGCUAGAGAUUCAGAAACUCCCCACGAGCUACCAUUUUGCGACAUUUAUCAAGAAAUUGCGCCCGAACAGCUCCGUUAUGCGCUGGAUUUCAUUUAUGGAAAACUAAAACUGCUUCGAAGACUUCGGACAGGCAGAAUUUCAUUACACUUCUCUGGCGCCCUUGCAGUACUCAAGGUCGGCCAUCUACUCAACCUCCCCGAAUUGCGAAAAGCUGCUUUAAAGGCAUUGCAUCUUUUGUUUCCCUGCGAUUCCGACGACGACCGAUGGCCGCCUGUAAUCCAUGGUACCAAUGCUCCGACCGACCUCUUCCGGAGGAUAUUUCCUAUCGAAGCUGUUAAUGUUUUCCGACAAUGUGAAGUCCCACUGUUCGCUCCCGUGGCGUAUUAUUACGCCGCACAACUCGAAAUCGAUGACAUCCUUUUUGGCGUCACACGCCCCGACGGUUCAAUCGAAAAGCUGAGUGACGCCGACAAAUCACUCGUGAUGAAGGGGAGAGAGAAGCUUCGGCGUGUGAGAAGAGAUCAUACACAUGCCUGGCUUUCGGAGCAUGGGAAUGUGCGCGGUGAAGUAGAACAUCAACUUCAUGGAUGCUGGAUGCAGAGCAAUGCCUACACGGGCCAAAGCUGUUACGCUUUCAUUCAGAAGCUUAAAGCAGACUGGAAUGCCCGUGGAUUCUUCGAGAGGUCCGAUUGUAUGAAUGCCCUACCUCAAGAGGCCUUGGAUAUCUUGAAAAAAGAUCUUUGCAGUACCUGCUAUGAAUUCUAUCGACCAAAGAUAUCGCAGGGCGUUUGGAACGGAUGGUGGGAGUUACCUGGUGUAUUCGGAUUCGAAUCGUGGAAGGUGUUGAAGGAGGGACAGGGAAAAUUGAGUGAUGGGUGGCGAGAAUGA